AUGCACGCCGCUGCCCAGGCCGACCCCGUCGUCGACCUCCUCGCGGCGUGGAAGGGCCUAUUCACAUGGGCCAUCCAAGAAGCGACAAGUUCCAACCGCGUCAUCCAAGAAGCGGCGAGCCGCAUCAUUAGCAGUCUGGGAACUUGGCUAUCGGUCGUCCGCAAAUGUCUGCCAGCGCACAAGUUCACCUGGCAAGAGACACUCUACGUCAUCGGUGAGAUCAUCGUGCCGGCGCUGACAUCUUCCCCCGAUGGCAGCGACGUCCGCGACCACAUCACCACCUUCCUGUGGCUGUGGGUGGACGACAUCCGCGAACUCAGCAAUCAGGACGACGCAACGCCCGAAGAAGAAGGAAACCGAAGGGCGAUUUGGAACGCUUUCUUCGGUGGACUCCACCGCGCCCUUUACGCCAACCGUGACGCUCUGCUACUGAGACCCAACCUGGCGACCCUGGGGGGUCGCUUCACCAUCAUCUACUGCCAGGUAACGGGGCAGCACCUGUCGCCGGCAGGCAUGGACAAUGUGUGGGACAGGGUCAUCGCCGAUCCCACGCCGUGGGUCGCACCCUGGAGCACCGACCUCAUCGUGGAACUGGCCCUCGCCACAGGCACCCAGGGCCGCGACUCAAUCCUCAAGAAGAUCGAGAAGAUCGCCUGCCACCUGUCCGGCGAGUCCAAGGAGCAAGGGUGGGAAGACACCGUGCCAAAGAAGCACCACUGUUUGUUUCUACAGUUUGCGGCCAAGUUCCUCCGCGCCCACGACGAAAACCGCGGAUCGCAUUGA